AUGGCCGCCGUUUUGCAAAUCCCGGCUAAUAAGUGCCUUAGCAGCAGCAAACCCAUCUCGUUUUCAGCUCCAACAAAUGGUAAAAUCAACAGAUUAUUUUGUGUCUCAAUUUCGAGCUAUGAUGAUAAGUCCCUCAUCACCAGAUUUAGGGUUAGGGCUUUGAAGGAUAAGACAGAGGAGAUUGUAAAUCCCUCAUCUGCUGAAGAAGUUACCAAGAAAUAUGGUCUUGAAGCUGGGCUCUGGAAGAUAUUUACAUCGAAACAAACGAACGAAGAAAACAAGGAGACUACUACCAAGUCGAAAGGGGACCAAGCAAAAGAACUCCUAGCAAAAUACGGAGGCGCGUAUUUAGCCACCUCCAUAACCCUUUCUUUGAUAUCAUUUGGGCUAUGCUAUUUUCUAAUAAGUGCCGGUGUGGAUGUACAGGCAUUGCUGCAGAAGGUUGGGAUCUCAACUAACGAGACGGGUGAAAAAGUGGGGACUUUUGCAUUGGCUUAUGCUGCUCAUAAGGCGGCUUCGCCAAUUAGGUUUCCACCUACUGUAGCCCUUACACCUGUCGUUGCAAGUUGGAUCGGGAAGAAAGUCGAUCGGGAAAAUGAUAAAAAGUCGUGA